ACCAGGUCAGAGUGCGCGAGCUACUUUCAAUAUUUUGAAGUUAACCAAUAUUUCACGGAGCGUAUCCCUUUAACUCGCCCCGUGAAUCCACAAAGAACUCCAAAAUAUCCACGGGAAAUACUUCAUACCGGUGUGGAUACCUGUAGCCGUUGUACGAUCUUGUGAUAAAGUAGCCUAUCUCUUCGAGAUGGAUCCGGUUCAAAUUAGCUCUCGCUAGUGGUGAACACUCGAUGCAGCUCUCCUGAACCUGUCGGUUUUAUGGACUUCACUAUUAAUGAUGUCUAUGAGCUUCAUGCCUGAUAGUUUCAAUGCGCCAGAUCCGUCCAAGUCAGCGUUUUUAGAGUUUGGUCACGGACUCCCCACGCACCAGGCGCAGCACUCGCCCGGACUAUCGCACAAUAUUUAUCCUGUUCACGGGUUGCAGCCAGGCGGACACCUGCAGCACGAUGCUCCUUUCCAAUCUGCCGCCUACUCUUAUGGUCGAUCACUGGGUUACGCUUAUCCCGGCUCGGUGAGCUCGCACACCCCGAAUGCGUACGUGCCAUAUCAGCACAGCAACCAAAACAGCACAUUGACCCAUGCGAAAGUGGAAGAGCCCGAGCGCCUCGACAAGUCGACGGUCAUUGAAAACGGGGAGAUUCGGCUGAACGGGAAAGGGAAGAAGAUUCGCAAGCCGCGGACAAUUUACUCGAGCCUCCAGCUCCAGGCGCUGCACCAGCGCUUCCAACAGACCCAGUAUCUCGCGCUGCCCGAGCGCGCUGACCUCGCGGCCAAAUUAGGGCUCACGCAGACGCAGGUGAAAAUAUGGUUUCAAAACAAGCGUUCAAAGUACAAGAAAAUCAUGAAGCACGGUUCCAUUGGACACGAGGGAGAGCACCUGCACACCACGCCGUCACUGUCUCCGUGCUCACCGGGAUUACCCCAACUCUGGGAGGUGUCCAUGGGCAAUAAAACGGCACCUAUGCACCCGGGUGCCUACAUGAACAAUUUUGCACACUGGUACCCCUCGCCGUCUCAUCAUCAUCAUUCGGAGAACGUGAACAGACCACCGAUGAUGUGACUGUGCUUUUAUCUCAGAGAUUACGAGUUGUGGUCAACACGUACAGUAUCCGGCCAUUUUGAGUGUUUUUUUUUUUUUUUUUUGUCUCUCUCACCUCUACAGUGUCCAACCCUCACUAUAGUGGCAGUUGUCGAUUGAGUUUUGCGUUGUAAAUACAUGCGUGAUUGUUGUUGUUGUU